GCGGAGGGCGCCGCAGUGCAUCCUGGGUCGGCGCAGCCAUGGCGGCUCGUGUCCUCUGCGCCGGUGUCCGCCGACUGCCCGCGGCCUGGGCGCCGCUCCCUCGGCUGCCCUCGCUGGCCGCGGCCCGGCCGCUCAGCGGCGCCCUGCGUCCCGCGGGCACCCGGACGAGGCCCGGCGCCCCGCGGCCGGCCCCGCCGCUCGCGCAGGUCCCCAGCAGGCUCGCCCAGCUGUGCCGCCAGUACAGUGACGCGCCCCCUCUGACACUAGAGGGGAUCAAGGACCGCGUUCUCUACGUGCUGAAGCUCUAUGACAAAAUCGAUCCGGAAAAGCUCUCUGUCAAUUCCCAUUUCAUGAAAGACCUGGGCCUAGACAGCUUGGACCAAGUGGAGAUUAUCAUGGCCAUGGAGGAUGAAUUUGGGUUCGAAAUUCCUGAUAUUGAUGCGGAAAAGUUAAUGUGUCCACAAGAAAUUGUAGAUUACAUUGCAGACAAGAAGGAUGUGUAUGAAUGAAACGUCAGGUUCUUUCCUCACUGAGAAGACCCAGAAGGCACCUGGCGGGUGGGAGCCUGAUGUGAGCACGCAUCUGGAGCCAUCAGCAACCUAGACAGAAUAAUUCUGUUUUGACUUGUAUUUAAAUUGUCUAAGUGUUUUUUCCCCUUUGAAAAUAAAGCUAUAAAACAG